GUGUGAAGCAGCUAGCCCACAUAUUCAUCCUGUUGGAUGGUGUAAAGAACAUAAAAGAACUCUAAUCACCCCACCAGAUUAUCCACAUGCUAAGCAUUUUUCUUGGGAGAAGUAUUUGGAAGAAACCAGUUCAUUACCUGCACCUGCAAGGGCUUUUAAAGUGAAACCUUCUCAUGGCUUUCAGAAAAACAUGAAACUUGAAGUGGUUGACAAGAGAAAUCCAGUAUUCAUCAGAGUAGCAACUAUUGUAGAUACUGAUGACUAUAGAAUAAAAGUCCAUUUUGAUGGCUGGGAUAGUAUUUAUGAUUAUUGGACCGAUGUAGAUAGCCCUGAUAUCCAUCCUGCAGGCUGGUGUACGAAAACUGGACACCCUCUUCAGCCCCCACUUAGUCCCUUGGAAUUAGUGGAAGCUUUAGAGCAUGGAGGGUGUCCCACAGCAGGAUGUAAAGGAGUUGGGCACAUUAAAAGAGCAAGACAUAUCGGCCAUCAUAGUGCAGUCAGCUGCCCGUAUUCAGAGAUGAACUUGAACAAAGAAAGCCUCUUGCCUGACCGGUUGAGUGGGGAGAUGCCUCCAGCCAGUCCUGUCCCCAGAAACAGAAAAGUGGAAGCGAGUGAAAGAUCCACCUCUCCUGUAAUCAAUGACAGAAAGUGCCCCAGCCCUGGUCACGUAGGUGUGAAAUCUUCGGCUCACAGUCGAUCAUCUGGGAAAACUGUACCAGAAGCAACUAAGCAGGAAGAUGCAGAAAGUAAAUCUCCUUGCAAGAAGCCCCUGUUAUGUGAUGUGAAAGAAAAGAAGGCACCUGGUGGAAUACUACAAACAAAGGACUCCAUAAAGAGCAAAGAGUGUGAAGAAGAGGAGACAGAAAACAAGCUGCUCAUUUCAAAUGAAAUUAAAGAUGUUGAAGAACCUAGCACACAGAAGCUGCUUUCUCAACCAGUUAUUGUGUCUUCCAAGUUACAAAUCCCUGGCCUACCCUUGCGCUGGGAACAGCAGAGCAAGCUCCUUCCAAGUGUAGCUGGGAUCCCAGCCAGUAAAGUUUCUAAGUGGAGUACAGAUGAGGUCUCUGAAUUUAUACGGAGUUUACCAGGAUGUGAAGAACAUGGCAAGGUGUUUAAAGAUGAGCAAAUUGAUGGAGAAGCAUUUCUGCUAAUGACCCAAUCAGACAUAGUCAAAAUAAUGAGCAUUAAACUGGGACCAGCCCUAAAAAUCUUUAAUUCCAUUCUGAUGUUCAAAGCUGCAGAGAAAAACUCACACAAUGAACUUUGAAGAUAAAGGAAAAUAUGUACGAGCCAACUUUCUCCACUGGAGCUGAUGUUUUAUUCAAAGCACAAAGACUCGCUAGAACUGUUGAGUAAAGACUCUCAGAAAGGAAGAAACGUAUUUUCAGCGCUGGUGGACUAUUUAUAUUCUCCUAGAGCCAGUACACAUCUGAAUCCUUCUGGGAAGUGUUGAAGCUUUUGGGAAGGUACUGUGUAACACCCGAGUCAGCUAGUCUUAUUUACCAAACUAGUGGCGCUAGUUUUCCAUGGAUGGUUAGGAUCCCUAACUUUCUCUGGAUGUCGAGAAAACCUGCAUUAAUUAUUUAUGCUGUAUUAUAUAAGGGAACGUUAAUAUUUUCUAAGAAUUCUUCAAUUCUACUUCAUGUACCCAUUUUACUUUACAGAAGCUUUUACUUCGCACUAUCAAAAUAAAAACCAAUUAGCCAAAAAUUAGGCUACAGGUAGCCAGAUGAGACUGUUACGGCUAAUACAUACUUGUGCCAUAGCUCAAAAACGAAACACUUAAUGUUACAUACCUGACACUUUAUGCUACAGCAUAUAACUUUACAGAACUGUCUGUUUGCUUGUAAC